CCGGAGGAUGUCUGGGAAACACUACAAGGGGCCUGAAGUCAGCUGUUGUAUCAAAUAUUUCAUAUUCGGCUUCAACGUCAUCUUCUGGUUUUUGGGCAUUGCGUUUCUGGGAAUUGGACUGUGGGCGUGGAAUGAAAAAGGUGUGCUGUCCAACAUCUCGUCCAUCACCGACCUGGGCGGCUUCGACCCCGUCUGGCUGUUCCUGGUUGUCGGAGGGGUGAUGUUCAUCUUGGGAUUUGCCGGCUGCAUCGGCGCCCUGCGGGAGAACACCUUCCUGCUCAAGUUUUUCUCUGUGUUCCUGGGCAUUAUUUUCUUCCUGGAGCUGACGGCCGGGGUCCUGGCGUUUGUCUUCAAAGACUGGAUCAAAGACCAGCUGUAUUUCUUCAUCAACAACAACAUCCGAGCCUACAGGGACGAUAUUGAUUUGCAGAACCUCAUAGACUUCACCCAGGAAUACUGGCAGUGUUGCGGGGCUUUUGGAGCCGAUGACUGGAACCUAAAUAUUUACUUCAAUUGCACAGAUUCUAACGCCAGCCGGGAGCGCUGCGGUGUGCCCUUCUCGUGCUGUACCAAAGACCCCGCGGAAGAUGUCAUCAACACGCAGUGCGGCUACGACGCCCGGCAGAAACCGGAGGUGGACCAGCAGAUGGUCAUCUACACGAAAGGCUGCGUGCCCCAGUUUGAGAAGUGGCUUCAGGACAACCUCACCAUCGUGGCCGGGGUCUUCAUCGGCAUCGCCUUGCUGCAGAUCUUCGGAAUCUGCUUAGCCCAGAACUUGGUGAGCGACAUCGAGGCGGUCCGAGCCAGCUGGUAGACCUACUGCCUCGCCCGCCCGACGAGACCCCGGGCCUCCCGACCGACCGACCCCCCGCCUCGCCCGCCCCGGACCUCUCAGCCGCGGACCUCUCCUGGGCCCCGACGGGAAGGAGGAGCGGCCCACGGGAUUCCCGGUGCCGGCCGCCUGCCCGCUCUGGCCGCCUCUUCCUCCUCCACGGUGGGAUCCCUCGGCAGGACGGGGGUCGCCAUCCCCUCCCCCCGGGGACGGACAGGCUGACCGGGAGCGGAGCCAUCCGGAUCCCUCCGCCUCGGGGGGCCCGGACCUGAGACCUUCGACUCGGACGAGGGGACGGGCGGGAGGGGGAGACUUUUGGGACUGGCGCCGAGCCGCCGAAGCCGGUUUCCCACCCGGGACGUGGCGGGACACGGCCUCCUUCGGGGAGGCCUCCGAGCCGGCGCCCGGGACCGCCGAGGUGCCGGCGGGAUGCGGAUGAGGGCCGCGGUGGCCGCCUAGGCCUUCCGGACCGUUGGCCGGAUUCCCUGGAAGCUCUUGGACCACUGGGAU